GCGCUUUUCGACGCAGUUCAACAUGGCCACAUGGAAAAGGCGAGGACAAUUCUAGAAUCAACGGAUGUCGAUGUAAAUAGUUUGAACGCAGAUGGGUUAACGCCGUUGGAUGUUGCAGUACUAAGCAAUAAUAGGCCUUUAGUCAAAAUGUUAGUCAGUUUUGGUGCUAGAGAAGGUAGUCAAUUCUCCUCGACGGACAAACUAGGAUCUCAUCUAAAGAAUCUACUAGGAGAGGCGGAAAUGAGACUUCAAGAGCUCGGUGGCCUGUUGGAAGAACCCUGUGGAGCGCCACUGAACACUAGAGCCUCUUUCUCGAGUAUUAUAGGAAACGCCUACCCUGCCACAUCUAUGACAGGUUGUGCGGGUGGCGAUACAGAAAAACAAGCGAUCGCAUGGGGCAGGCGCGCCAAAGCCUUAAAGCGGUUAGUUUUGGGGUUCGCGCAGGCCAGACCUCCUGAUCCUCCGUCGUUGGUAGCCUUGGACAUCACAUCCUCAUCAACGGUGACCGUCAGGCUUCACGAACCCACCGCUUCUGAUUCGCCCAUCACUACUAAAUUUAAAGUACAAUGGUCUACUCGGGCGGACUUUUCGAUAGUAACGGGCGAAAAGGAGAUCGUCGAGGUGUCCUGCCCGAAUUGCACAGUGGAACUAACACAGGGUAGAAGAUACUUCUUCAGAGCCGCUUGCGGCAACCUGAAAGGUUAUGGUGCCUUUUUUACCUCAACUCCUUCGUCAGUGGUGCCGUCCACUUGGAGGGAAAUCGAAAGUAGGGAUCCUAGGUUUUCGGGUAAACUGAAGCAACUGGACCAACUAAUGGACGAGGUGAAGCAGUUCAGGCCCGGUAGUGAAAUUCUGGAAAGGCAAGGACAGCAAAGAAGAGUCCAAAGAAAAAAGACAACGAUCAAACAGCUGUUUACAGCUGCCAGCAAGUUCCAGAAAAAUCUUCGCAGGGGAAUAUACCUGGCGUGUAUUCUGUACCACGAAGAUAAAGUUCUAGUAACAAACGAAGACUUUUUGCCUGUGAUAGAAAUAGAUGAAACAUUCCCCAGUUGUAUACAUAAUGAUCUCCAUUGGCUGAUGAAAGUCGCUUGCACGUGGGACGAUAUCAAACUAUUAAGGACGGACAUGGAAAAGAACUGUUCCUCGGCCAUCCAUUUUCGCGCAAAGCUACUGUCAGCCGCUCUUCAGAUGCAGUCUUCCCUUUGUCUGCAAGAUCUGGGUCAACUAUACUACAAACCUCUCAGAGACGCUCAUGGUACCGUAGUAUUGAGUACCAUCAAUUACGUCAAAUCGCCCAAAAGCGUAUCGGUGCUCAACUCGAGAUGGUUGCCCAUGAACAAGGUUUUCAAGAAGCUGGUACUAAGCGACGACCACAACAUAUCGGAAAUCCUAAUGGGCAGCAUCCAAGAGCAAAUCAACUACCACCAAGUGUCCAGCUUGAAGCUGGGAAGAGGAUUGUAUUUAGCCUACCUCAAGAUGCAGUCCUCUGUCGAUCUCAUCCAGGUUGUGGUGUCUUCGAAGUCGCCCAAUAUGUUGCCGCAUUGCAAAAUCAGGGAUAAUCCGCACGUAUCAGCUGAGGAAUGGUCGUACCUGAAGCAACAGCACCUGCCCGACGUGGUGGACAACGGCACCGAGCAUCAACGAACAUUCGUCGAGCUCGUCACGAGCGCCGCCAAACGUCUUUUCAACUAUAUGGACGUAUCUGGGGAAGACGCGAAUACACACCGGUUGUAUGACACAGAAAUCAUCGAUUUGACAGAUGACGUCAGCUUUAUCGUUAUUUGUCCGUCUGCCGAAAUGUCCUGCUCAGUACCUGGACAAAGGGAGAUUUUGCUACAAAGGACAGAUUUGCUCAGUUUGCCCAUACAGGUAUUCGAAAUGAUCCACUUAAGCACGUAUCAGCCAAACAUCGUGAAGAAAUACUCCAAACUUAGCUGUCUUUUGGAGUUGGACGCCCAAACAGCGAGCCAUCUUCAUAGAGAGGCCUUCUCCAAUAGUGAAGUAGCGGUGGCUAAAGAAAGAUUGCAGAAGCUCCAGGAUUUGCAGACGAAGCUGAAUUCUGUUUGGAAAGGGAUCAGAUGGCUUAUGGAUGUCAUCACUUUCGCUAGAGAUAGAAACACAACUGGAAUCACUAUAAGAUACAUCCUGGAGAAAGAAGUGGGUACAUGCACCUCCCCAAAACGCAGCCUGCUGCAAUUACCCCCUCGAGAGCCGCGACCUAUGAAGAGCACCCCAGGCAGGGGCUCCUGGCCUGGACCUGGAGGCACCAACUCUCAUAACCAGCCACACGCGACCCUCAUCAACGAAUUCAGCAAGAGCGAGCAGCAUUUGAGCACCAACGAAACCACUCAGUACCUGACAGCCAGGAGUACCUCAGACUCAAGGAAGAACAGCGACAGUUACAAUAGCGAUUACUUCAGUCAGAAUUUGCCGCCGUCCAGGAGUGAAGACGUCAUCUUUGGGAUUCCCGUCAGUGGAGGGUCCAAGCAACGAAGUAGGGGGGUGACUGUGGCUAGCGCUUCGGCUACCACCAGUCCUCUUAUGGGUAUAAGAACGGCACCGUACGGUGGCAGCAUGGUGAGCGUCAACACGCUGAACACCGACAGCCUUCACAGCCUGAGUUCAGACAGCGACGGCAACCUUCCACCAAUCAGCUCUUCCACACCUCUAAGGGUGAAGCAGAAGUCCAAGAUGACGCCUUCCAGAAGCAUGACCAAUGUCAAACAGAACGCGGCCGAAGUGUGCACGAAAUCGGACCGACUCAGACCUACCAAUUUAAACGUGGGAUCGAAUUUAGCCUCGCAUUCGAAUCUAGAAAGCACGAUGUCCAAGAGUUUGAAUAACUUGAGGUCGUAUGCCGUGGAGAGUGAAGGAGGGGCUACCUAUCUCAGACCUACCGAACAGUUUAGGACAGUCGAAGACGCGGAAGGCCUGUUCAAGGUCCCAAAGACGGAUCAAGCAGCUCAAUCGAGCUCGAAGGAACAUCAGAGUGGCAUCCUGCAGGUGUUUGCAGCAUACGACACCGGCCUUGCUGCUGGGACCAGCCUAAAGCUUCACGUCACCCCCAGGACAACUGCUAGAGAAGUGGUCGACCUCGUAGUCAAACAGCUGAACAUGGCGGUGGUGCUGAAAGGCAAGGAGGGGCCAAUCUACAACACAGAAAAAUUGAAGAACUUCUGUUUGGUAGCUGUGAUCGGCGCCAGAGAAAGGUGCCUCAGGGACGAUUUCAAGCCACUGCAUCUUCAAAAUCCGUGGAAGAAAGGCCGAUUAUACGUCAGAAUGAAACAUGACGUUUUAGCGGCGUUGGAACACAGCAGUAAGCAAACUGCUGUCUGAAUAGAACAGUCAAAGAUGAAGUUUUCGGUAUCAAACUUCCUUCAGGAACUUGAGUUUGACUUUACAAAUAAUAAUAAUCCGUAGCUUGCACGAACUAUGCGCAUUGCCUACUUUAGUAUCAGUGCCACCCUUUGGAUUGCUUACAAAGAUUGAUUUUGAUUCAGAAAGUGCAGCUGUGGAGACUCGUAAGAACCAAAUACUAUUGCACAUACAGCUUGCAUUCGUAGCUGCUAUGUCAUUUGCUAAACUGUAGUUCAAGCUAGGAGUUGUUGGUCUAAAAAAGGGUUCCCAGAUAGCUCCAGCCACACUUGAAAAUGAGAGUCGAAAUCCGGCAACACCGCUGCGCGCCGCUGUUUCCCCACUGGGGAUCCCCACUCCAAUCAUAUACACGAUUUGCAUCAACAGUUUCUAAGCGAAUUUAUUCACAUGGAUUUCUUCAAGGUCAUCCUCGGUGUUUACAUCAAUUAACAAAUUUAUGUCAAUACUCAGUGCUGCCAACCGCACAACAAAUGCUUGCUAGAAACAUUUUGAGCUGUUAUGUGCUCGUAUGUCUAUUGUGGUUCUGGUUCUCUCUAACAUGAUUCUAUACUUAAAUUGAAAAGUUGUUCAACAUAAUAGAAAGAAAAACAAGGUUGGCACUAUGGAAUUUGACAGCAGAUAUUUCUGACAUUAAUUUUGUGUCAAUAAGAUCUUGACAAACUUCAGGAACUAUCACAAUAGCUAAUUUUUUAUGUUUCCUUUAUGAUUCAGAUUCACAUUUAUUGAUCCAGUUAGAUCUACAUUGUAGACAUUGGAUAAGUCGGUGUAUACAGAUUAAAAUAUAGAUAAAAUGAAAUACAAUACAAAUAACAAUAGGAUGUGGUUCCUGUAUGCAGCAUUACCAUUAUAUUGCAUUGUAACUGGAUUAGUCUGUUGGGCAAUUAUGUACAAAUAAAUAAAUAAAAAAGUUCUGAUUUGUGAAGAAUUCAACGAAGAACUUCAUGGAUUUAUUUGACGUCAAACUUCUGUUAGAAAGUGCGCACCUGACAAGGAUUUUAUCUGCAAAUUUCGUAUCAACCCCGUUCAAAUUUCCCGCCGUCCAAUCCACCAAUCAGAGCACGCGGUGGGCGUGGCCAAAGUGGAAGUGGAGGGGGGCAUGCAAGGUAACCUAUUAUCUACCGCGUUUCAAUUUAGACUCCUUGAAUAUCUGUGAAAACCAGGGUGUUGUGUUCUCUCUUUCAUAUAUUAUUUUCUUGACCAUACGUAGCUUCACUAAUAUAUUUAUCCAUAAUUUCAGGUAUAUUGUGUUGUAAAAGUGUUUCUCGUAAUUUUGUGAAUUCAAUGACUGUAAUUUCUUUCAUUUUAUUUUCAUUGAACAUAUUUCCCACUUCGUAACAGCAAAGCGCGGCCGGGAGAUCCAGAAUGGGGACAGUAGCGCGCAGUGGUGUUUCCAGGUUUCACCUCGCACCUUCCAAUGAGGCUGAAGGUCUUUGUCGACCUUGUUUCUAGAUCAAUCCUCUUAAAAUCAUCAAAAGCAAUAUAUCAAAAUUAAGUAUAUGGUACAACCCCUUCCUACGAGUAUGCAACCCAAAAACCAUGCUCGAGGAAUGCGGUUACAGUAAUUCAGGCAAAACGACAGCAACACGGCAGUUGCGUUAUUUCGGCAUAGGUGGCGCGGAUAAAAAAUGCAUUAGAAGUUUUGUGUAAAUGGAUAUAAAAGACCAAACAUAUACAUGUACAUGUAAACAAUGUUAAAGGUACAUUUAGUCAAAUUUGAAAUGGUGCUAGAUGAAUUGUCUGUCUUAUGAUUACUUAUAAUGAUUUAAUAGAUAUUAUCGCCUAAAGACACGCUGUAAAUAUUAACAAAGGUUUGCAAUUUCAUCGCUGUUUCGUCUUGCUGAGACUUGUCAGUACGUCAAGAGGUUUCGUAUGAACAAUAUUGAAAUAUCCUAAAACUUACUUGACAAAUUCGUAGUUUCGCAUACAACUAAAAAAUAAAAUAGUGUUUGAAAAUAAGAUGAAUGGGAAAUAAUAACUCCAACGAUAUGUCAGGAUAAAAAACUACGAGUUCAAAGAUCAGGUAUAAACCAUCCAAGCUUACUCAGUGGAUUUUUCUGUUCUAGCUCUUAAGAAGGUUUUUAGACAUUGUGACAGGGUGUUAACCACGGAUCAACUGUGUACCUCGAAAAUAAUUUCUAAAUCGGUAGUUAAUGUCUUCGUAUCAUUUUUGAGGUAAGAAUAGCGAAAGUUGUACUAGGAACAUUGAAAAAGCAUGGAAUCAUGUUUGCUCAUAGAAAAAUUGAAGUAAAAAGACGGUUUUUGGGAAAUUUGAAAUGACACAUGAAAACGACACAUUUAAGCAUCUAAGAAUUUCAUUUGCAUCUUAUUAUUAUCUCCAGUGGAGUUUCCGCAGAAGAUAGAACGUAAUCAGUAUUUUCUUGCAUCCGUCAGUGAGACCUCAAUUUUCGGAUAAUUUAUCAUGUAUGAAUUUUCCCCUAAAAUUGUAUUUUUUGGUUAUCGAAUUACUGAAACAUGAUUUAGCUCUUUAUUUUUUGUGAAUAGGCAAAAGAGAUAUCACUUCUGGUGGAUUAUAUAAAGUGAUGUGCUCAUAUUUGAUAAAGAGACCAAGUAUCUAGAGUGUUUUUGGUACGCUACAUAAAGAGAAAAGACAUCUAUUCAAUGUAUAACUAUAGAAAAUCUAGCUGAAAUGUUAAAAACUUAUGAUAUAGUCUAUAAUAAUUAAAAACGCUUGUUAAAAAUGUCCAGAUGUAUUAGAUCAUAUCAUAGGAUUAUGUGUUCAAAAAAAAUGACGAGGAGUAUAUUUAUUUUUAUUUGUAAGCAAAUUUUUUAUUUUAGUACAAAAUGUAAUUUUUAAUUGUUUUAAGAUUUUAUAUAUGUACAUAAUUAAAGAUUAUACGUGUAUAGAAGGAUUUUGAGUAUGCACAGUACAGUAGGGAGAUAUUUGUUGAAAGAUAUAUGUAAAUAAAGAAUGUUUUAAGAAGACGAAAAAUGAAUGUUCCAUGGUGCACAAAGAUUGUCAAGGUAUUUUCAUCUGUAUCAUAGAAUUUAAAAGUAUAAAAUAAUA